CGGUAGAGGUAGAUAAAGAUUGCAGAAACGCUCAGCCGCCGUCACCGGUCCUCUGCACAGUGAACGGCAGUUGGUCUUCUUUACCAUCAGCUAGCUACCCUUAGCUGUCUCCUAAAGAUGGCGAACGUGGUGCUGGAGUUUAAGGCUUCAGCCGGGGACUCCGAGCCCCAGAGCCGCCCGGUGCUCAUCAUCGGACAGCAGAGCAACCUGCAGAAGGUCUCCUGGAGCCAAAUCAAAGGGAAACUGCAGCCGGUCGUUAGCAAAGAGAUCUGGCAGGCGGCUCUCAGUGGUUUGACCCCGAACCCCACGGACAGCUGCCCUCUGUACCUGAACCAUGCUGCGGUGGCUGCCCUGCCUCCACGUGUCAGCAGGCACAACAGCCAGUCUUCGGCCAACUUUGUGUCCCGCCUGGUUCGCUCCAGCCUGCCUGGAGGAAACAACCGCUGUAUUGUGAUGGUGUGUGAGCGUUCAGAUGUGUUUGCGUCCUCCUGUGCAAUCGCCAGGGCCUUCCCCAUUUUCUCUCGCCGCACCACUUCUUCACGCAGGGCUGAGAAGAAACACGUCACCGUGGAGAUUAUGAUUGUCGGGGAGGAGAACAGUGCUCUGGAUGUCGGACAACUUGAGUGUCUCGCUAACGCUGCUCAUGGAGUGCGGAUGGCAGCUCGUAUUGUGGACACACCAUGCAAUGAGAUGAAUACAGAUCACUUCUUGGAUGAGAUCAAAGCUGUGGGAGCUGAGCUUGGAAUAACUCCAGUGAUCAUUCGUGGAGAAGAGCUGAAACACAGAGGAUUUGGAGGUAUCUAUGGAGUGGGAAAGGCAGCAGAGCAUCCUCCUGCACUGGCGGUCCUGAGCCACACUCCAGUAGGUGCGACCCAAACCAUUGCAUGGGUGGGCAAGGGCAUCGUGUACGACACCGGAGGACUCAGCAUCAAGGGAAAGACCUCAAUGCCAGGAAUGAAGAGAGACUGUGGUGGAGCGGCUGCCAUUUUGGGAGCAUACAGAGCUACCAUCAAACAGGGCUUUAAAGACAACCUCCAUGCAGUGUUUUGCCUCGCAGAGAAUGCAGUUGGACCUACAGCCACACGGCCUGAUGAUAUCCAUACUCUCUACUCUGGAAAGACAGUGGAGAUCAAUAACACUGAUGCCGAGGGCAGGCUGGUGCUGGCUGAUGGAGUGGUGUAUGCCAGAAAAGACCUCUCUGCUGAUAUUAUUCUGGACAUGGCCACACUGACUGGGGCACAGGGGAUCUCCACAGGGAAGUACCAUGCUGCGGUGAUGACUAACAGUGAGAAGUGGGAGGUUGCAUGCGUGCGUGCCGGCCGCAGCAGCGGAGAUUUGGCCCACCCUCUGGUCUACUGCCCCGAGCUGCACUUCAGCGAGUUCACCUCUGCCAUGGCUGACAUGAAAAACUCUGUGGCAGACCGGGAGAACGCCCAGAGCUCCUGUGCCGGACUCUUCAUCGGCUCCCACCUGGGCUUUGAUUGGCCAGGUGUCUGGGUCCAUGUGGACAUUGCCUCCCCCGUCCAUGCUGGGGAGCGUGCAACAGGAUUUGGCGUUGCUUUGCUGAUGGCCCUGUUUGGUCAGGCUUCAGAUGACUCCAUGCUGAACCAAGUGUCUCCUCUGGGUGCAGCCACCAACACGUCUGAAGACAAGAUGGAGCGUGACUGCAAGAGGCGAAGACUGGUGUAGAACAAACAGCGGCCAACUCCACCAACCCUGAUCAUGACACACCCAAUAUCAUACAGUUAAGAGUUAAAUCAUUUAAAACUGAUUCAACUUCCUUUGUUUGACAAUUCACUGAAAAGUUUGGUAAACCAUCAGUAAAUUGGGUGUGUAAUACAUGAUAAAAAGCAGGCCCUUACUGGUAUUUGUCCUCAUUACUUAGCACUUGCUGCACUGAUCAGCUCUAUAGCUUCUUGAUUUUUCAAUUGCUCUUGAUGAAAUUGCAUUGAUUAUAAAAUCUUCAUGAAAGAAUAAAUAAGAAAUCUUAAUUCUUUUUCAGCAGAGUAUUUUGUAAAUGUCCAUCUUUUACUGUAAAGUUUUACCUUGUAAAACAUACACCUUGUUUUUGCUAUCCACCUCAUCAGCAGGCAUUGGUGUUAUUGAUACUUUAAUGCAAUCAAGAAUUAAAGGUUUACAUGUUCUUGUGAAAAAUUGCUCGGUUUCUCUUUUUUGGUAACCACUGAACUUCAUAUUCACCCUGCUGAUAAUUGGGUUGUGUAAUGUCUGGACCAAUUUGAGGAGUGAGUGUUUACUGUGUCGGAUGAGUUAUUCAGACGUGCUUUGUCAGCACGAAAUGCAAAAACAAGAAGUUAACUUUAAGUAAGUAUUCAACAAAUUCAAGCAAAAGUAGGUUUUUCCACCCUUGUGACAAUCAUGUUUUCCUUCAAUAAAGGCAGUGCCAACUGA